GGCAUGUGACCUUUGAGCUCGUGCUCGCUGGGUGCUUCCUCGACCUUCGAUCGUUCGCGGGUUCCCGUUCUUUUGCCGCUGGACCGCUGUGCUGUCAGGUUGCUGCAACUACUCCGUGAAGCAGAAACUGAUCGCCGGGCACACCUGUAACUUUGCAGGUUGCCUUGCUAUCAUUGCAAGGACUGUUAUUUUCUGCUGCAUUCAAAAUGGCAGAGAUGCUGCCCCAAAACCCAGUGGAGGAGGAGGAGACUGAAGCCAACCAGCUGCUGCUUCGUCACGCAUCGCAGAGCUCCCUGGACGAGAGUUCCCAGCGUCAAAGCCAGCGGGAGCCGGCGCCGGACCGACCGCCCUAUCGGAACACCUCGCACAGCGCGCGCGCCUUUCAGCAGAUGUUCUCCAUGAGACGGGAGCGGGCGUUAUGUGACGUCAUCCUGGAGGUGGACAGCCGAGAGAUAUACGCGCACAAAGUGGUGCUGGCGUCCGCCAGUCCCUACUUCCGGGCCAUGUUCACAAGUUUCGAGGAGAGUCGUCAGAACCGUGUCAAAUUGCAGGAGAUGGAUCCCACUGCGCUAGAGGCGCUGGUGGAUUACAUCUACUCGUCAGAGAUUCGCGUCACGGAAAACAACGUGCAGAUCCUGCUGCCUGCCUCGAACCUGCUGCAGCUGGGGGAUGUCCGAGACGCGUGCUGCGAGUUUCUGCAGAGCCACCUCCAUCCCACAAACUGCCUCGGUAUCCGUUCGUUCGCCGAUCUCCACGGCUGUGUCGACCUGAAAACAAACGCCGACGCCUACAUCGAACUCAACUUCUGUGAAGUGGUGGAGUGUGAGGAGUUUCUCACUCUGACCGCCGAUCAGGUGAUACAACUCAUCUCGUGCGAUCGACUCUCCGUGGCCAACGAGGAAAAGGUUUACGAGUGUGUGUUGAGAUGGAUCAACUACGACCUUCCGGCCAGGGAACAGCACCUAGCCGACCUCAUGUCACAGGUUCGUCUGCCGCUGCUGUCCCGCGACUUCCUCGUGCAACAGGUGAAGAAGGAGCCUCUGCUGCAGCCGAACGCCGCCUGUAAGGAUUUUCUGAUCGAGGCGCUGCUGUACCACCUGUCCGUGUCUAACGAGGGGGGUCCGGCCGUGGAGAGUCUCCGGACCAAACCCCGCCAGCCCGUCGGACUGCCGAAGAUUCUGCUGGUGGUGGGUGGCCAGGCGCCCAAGGCGAUCCGAUCCGUGGAAGCGUACGAUCUCAAACAGGAGAAGUGGCUCUCGCUCUCCGAGAUGCCCAUCAAACGAUGCAGGUGCGGCGUGGCGGUGCUGGACGGCAAAGUCUACACGGUGGGCGGCUUUAACGGCUGUCUCCGUAUCCGAACUGUCGACCUGUACAAUCCCCAGACAGACACCUGGCAGGGAUGUGUCAACAUGGAGGUGCGACGAUCCACGCUGGGCGUGGCAGUGCUCAAUGACUGCAUCUACGCGGUGGGCGGUUUUGACGGUUGCACGGGUCUCAACACGGCCGAGGUGUUUGACCCCAGGGUCGGAGAGUGGAAAAUGAUUGAGCCCAUGUCGGUGAGAAGGAGCAGCGUCGGCGUCGGAGUGGUCAACGGCAUCCUGUACGCGGUGGGCGGCUAUGACGGCGCCAGUCGGCACUGUCUCUCCUCCGUGGAGGCCUACAACCCCGAGCUGGACCGGUGGACCAUGGUGGCGGAGAUGAACGACAGACGAUCCGGCACCGGUGUGGGUGUUCUGGACGGCCUUCUGUAUGCGGUUGGCGGCCACGACGGGCCCACAGUCCGAAAAUCAGUGGAGGUCUACAACCCGCUGAUUAACACCUGGUCGCCGGUGGCCAACAUGUCAACCUGUCGACGGAACGCUGGUUAG